AUGGCAUUCGCAAAGACUCAUCCUCAAUACUCAUUCCAAUAUGGUGUCAACGAUCACUAUACCGGAGAUGUCAAAUCACAACAUGAAGUCCGUGAUGGUGACGUAGUAAAAGGUCAAAACUCAUUGGUUGAACCUGAUGGUUCCGUACGCACCGUUAAAUAUGCAGCCAACGACAGAGACGGUUUCAAUGCAGUCGUUUCUAAAACUGGACCGACUGUACAUUCCCACGGACAUCACGGUUAUCACUUGUAA